UGCUCAUUUUUUUUUGAUUUUAAGAAUUGUGGAGGUAAGUGUAAUAUUUUCGAUGAGGAUUACUACCUCUCUGUCUAAACUAAAUAUUCACUGAGUUAGGAAAAUGAUGGAUGGAUGAAGCCAAGAAAUUGAAGUUGACUUGAAGUGAGAUGGAUAACUGAAACUACAACAACAACAUACAUGCCGAGAAAAGAAACCUUAAAGAGAGGCCAGUAAAAAAAGAAGACUGAACAAAAAACAACCAUGACUAGAAUAAACUGCUGUGUUCCUAAUUGCCAUGCCACGUCACAGAGAAAUUUUUAUGUGAAAUUUCAUAAGAUUCCCAGGUGCCCUGUCACGAGAAAAUUGUGGCUUCAAAGAGCAAGAUACCCAAAGCAAACAAUUUCACGAUGGACCAGUGUUUGUAGCCUUCAUUUUAAGGGUGGCAGCAAAACAUACCUCGUGGACAAACCAUCCAUUUUCCCAUGGACUCCAGAGUGGACAGAUGUUGUCACUAUGUGUAAUCAGCAGAUGUUGGCUUGGUUUGAAGGACAGGCUCGAGGGGAUCACAGAUAUGCGAGGAGACCACCAUUACUAACCAUUAAGACAGGCUACCCCAGCUUGCUGGUGAGCCAAGAGACUUCCGGAUUGAAAGAAAGUAUUGAUUGUCAACCGCGAGUGUGGCCCAUUGGUAUUACAGAAAAUGUCCAUGCCCAAGAUGAACCUCAGCAGGGACCCAGUUAUUUGCAAGAAAAUUUGUCCAUUUGCUCUGAAUUUCAAAAAUGGCCCAGUUUAACGACAGAAGGUGCAGUCCACCAAGAUGAAUCUCAGCAGGGACCCAGUUGUUCGAAAGAAAAUUUGUCCAGUCCCUCUGAAUUUCAAAUGUGGCCGAGUUUAAAGUCAAAAGGUGUUGUCGACCAAGAUGAAUCUCAGGUGUGGCCCUUUGUCAAGACAGAAAGCGUUGACCUUACAUAUGAACCUCUUCCGUUCCACGUUAUAAAGAGAGAAAGUCUUGACCUCACAAAAGAACCUCAUGUGUGGCCCGUUGUAAAGAAAGAAGAUGUUGACCUUACAAAUGAACCUCAUGUGUGGCCCUUUGCAAAGACAGAAAGUUUUGACUUUACAAAUGAACCACAGGUCUGGCCUGUUGUAAAGACAGAAAGUUAUGACCUUACAAAUGAACCACAGGUCUGGCCUGUUGUAAAGACAGAAAGUGUUGACCUUAUAGUUAAACCUCAGGAGUGGCCCACUGCUGAGACAGAAAGUGUUGACCUUACAAAUAAACCUCAUGUUUGGCCCAUUGCAAAGACCGAAAGUUUUGACCUUACAAAUGAACCUAAGGUCUGGCCUGUUGUAAAGAUAGAAAGUGUUGACCUUACAAAUGAACCUCAUGUGUGGCCCAUUACAAAGACAGAAAGUUUUGACCAUACAAAUGAACCUAAGGUCUGGCCUGUUGUAAAGACAGAAAGUUUUGAUCUUACAAAUGAACCACAGAUCUGGCCUGUUGUAAAGACAGAAAGUGUUGACCUUACAGUCAAACCUCAAGAGUGGCCUGCUGCUGAGACAGAAAGUGUUGACCUUACAAACGAACCUCAUGUUUGGCCCAUUGUAAAGACAGAAAAUGUUGAGCAUACAUAUAAAGCUCAGGUGUGGCCCACUGCUAAGACAGAUACUGUUUACAUCCCUGAUGUUUUCAAACAGACAUCUUCACAUAUUGGUAAAACUGUAAGUACCCAAAGUGCUGAAGAAAUCAACGGUCAAAAUCUAAGAGAGUCCUCUGGGCUGAAAAUUACAGGAUUGUUCAUAUCUGGCAGCAGAGCACAGGCGGAUGGUGUCAUGAGCCAGCAGUGUGAGGAGAAUACCAAUACUUCUGUCACAGCUACCGAUGGAGGGAGGUGUUUGUUGGCUGAUUUUGCGAAUCCAAGGAGCUCAACAACAAAAAAACAGAAGAGAAAGAUGGACAUCACUAAAUCAUCAUCCAUCUCACUAUGGAAUUCUUCGAAUGCAGUUGCUGACGACGGCAGUCAAAGUGCAGAAACCUGUGAGAGGCAGUCAUCACCAGGAUGUGAACUUUUAAUCACUGUUGUUAAAGAUUCUAGCCAAAAUGACGAAAUCUGCAAGGGGGCGUUGUCCGCGACUGGAGAUUCAACAACGCAAGAUUCCGGUGGCAAGAAUGAGACCCGAGGAGAGUCAUUUUUCACGUUUCGCAGCAGUUUGCCGGCGACGGUUGAAGGCCAAGACGAUGCUAGUUCCCAAAAAGAAUACCGGUGCAAGUUUUGUGAAAAAGUUUUACCGCAUAGAUCAGUCUUAUCCUUAAAUAAAACUCUCUCUUGUGGUAAAGUGAUAUUAAGUCAUUAUUCGUGCGAGAAGUGCUCGAGAUAUUUUGUGGGGAACCAGUCGAAGGAAGAAUUUUUCCGUGGGGGCAAACUACCUUUGGAUGGUAAAGCUUUUGGUAAAUCAGAAGGUUUCAGAAGAAUAAGAAGGCAGCGUUCGUUUAUUUACACAAAGCUGUACAUCUGUGAAGUUUGUAAAGACGGCUUUGCGACACCGACACGUCUAAGACAACACCUGCCUGUACACGCAGCUAAAUCCUUCCGAUGUGAACUUUGUCGUGUAAGCUUCGAAUCACGAUCAGGCCUCAAGACGCAUCGUGCGCACGCGCACACGGAGAAACCUUUCGCCUGUAAGACUUGUCCGAAGAAGUUUACGACUCAGACUGAGCUAGAUGGUCACAGUGUGACGCACACGGCUGAAUGGUUUAAAUUGUUAGCGGAAGUAAAACAGCAGGAACACCCUGUCGCACACCUACCAGACAAACCUUACGUCUGUAACAUUUGUAACGACAGGUUCAGUAGGCAGUACGAAAGAUUCACGCACGAACGGAAUCACACCGGUGUGGACGUAGGAAAGACAAAAAUAAAGAUUAAGUAAGCUUUGUUAGAAAACCCAUGAAAACCUGUUUCUGCAUGAUGUAUGUGAAAAUACCUUGAUUUAUGUUUUUUAUGUGUUCAGAUUUGUGAUGUUAUUUUGAUUUAAGAGUUUUACGGGGUGCUUAAGAAUAUUUCACUUCUACGACGACGGUCUGCAUUAUGGU